CUAAUCGGUACUGUCAAUCGUAGCGGAUGAGGGCAAUUAUUUUUUUCAAAAUUACUAUUCUUUCUAAUUUGUUAAGACGUCAACGGCAAUGUUUUACCUGUCGGCUGUUAUCGCUUAUCGAUUUCAACGUUUAUAUUAUCGAUGGAGAGCAAUGUGGUCAGUAUCGUCUGGGUCAUCGGUGGUGUGCGAUGUGGUUGUCAAUGGUCAACACGUUGUUUUAACACGCGCUUAUCGAACCACGUUACACAUAUUUGAAAAGUAAACCAGUGGAUUUUUAAAAAUGAAACUUGUUCAUAUUGUUGGCUCGUUACUUUCCGUUAGUCUUGUUGGACUCUGUGAGAAGGGAAUUUCUCGUACUUUUGACAACAAAACAAUUAACGUAGCUUUCUGUACGUGGAAUUGUCUGUUGGAGAAUCGUCUCAAUUACUGUAGCGAGCUAAGUGGUUUACAAAACUGUGAAUGUAUUACUGGACAAAAUGUGAAAGAUUUCCACUUUCUCAAUUACACACUCCCAACUCCCGUGCUAGUUUGCAAGGACGAAAGUAAAGUAGGAUUUUAUGUGGAUUUUAUCAAAGAUCUAGUUUAUAUAAUAGAACUGCAAAUAAAGGAAGAUGACAGUUGGAUUUACGUUGAAACGACCCCCUGCAAUAGGUUUUCGUUGAAAAACUUAGAAGCAGGUAGAAAAUAUCGAGUUAGAGUUUGGGGAGUUUCGGUAUCCAAAAAAAUAUAUGGACCCAGUGAACCAACGAAAUGGUUUCAAACUGAUGAUAAAAAUAAAAUUUUUGAAAAUGUAAAAAUAGAGGAAGCACGUUUUGAUAAUUUCUCUAUUGAUGAGCAGAGCCGAAUUAGAACCACUUUCAGUUGGGACUCAUCUGAAGAUUUAUCUUGCACUUAUUAUCUUUAUUCGAAUGGUAAAAGCUCUACGGGAAGCUCCUGCGACUACAGGAUGGAAAUAGAGUAUCCAAAACAUUCAUUCGAAUUUACAUUUGAAGAUAUCAAAAUGGAUGGUCAGUGCACAGUGUGUGUAGAAGCGUGGAACAACACGGAAACAAUGACAUGUACGGAAACUCCUUCCUGUUUAGAAACCCUUCAAAGUUUAGAUAUUUGUGCUCCUUCUGUACCGCAGUUGUUAAACGUUAGCGAUGUUNUAUAUAUUUAA